AUGCGGGCUAUCACAAUCAUCAUGGCGCUUUCGGCGCUCACCGUGUGUGAAGCUGCCACACCAAAGCUGCGUUUCGCUUGGAAGGAAGUCGACUACACCUGGGAAUCGCCGGAGCAAAGGGAAAACGCCAUAAGCGUUAAGCAGUUCGUUCCCGCCAACAAUCUUCCCCUGGGUCUUGGGCGCUGGAAGAACAAGAUAUUCGUCACAGUCCCUCGAUGGAAGAGCGGCGUGGCUUCCUCGCUCAAUUACGUCGAUCUGGACGGUCCCGACGAUCAGCCAUUGAAGCCCUAUCCGUCGCUUAAAGACAACCUGGUGCCAGAUACAGCAUCUGCUUUGCCAUCCAACAGCUCUAUAGUUUCCGUGUUCAGAAUUUUUGUCGAUCCAUGCGACCGUCUGUGGGUUUUGGAUUCCGGAUUGGCCGAUAUUUACGGAGCAGCGAAUCAAGUUGCCGGCCCAUCGUUAGUCAUAUUCGACUUAAACACCGACCAAUUGCUGCAUAGAUAUUUCUUCAAAGUUAGCGAUAUGAAAGAAGAUUCAUUCUUCGCUAAUGUCGUGGUUGAUGUGGACAAAAAUACUUGCGACAAUGCGUUCGCUUACGUACCGGAUUUGGGAGGAUACGGCGUUGUUGUGUACAGUCUGAAACAGGACGACUCUUGGCGAGUGGCGCAUCACUAUUUCCACUUCGAGCCGUUGGCCGGAUCGUACAAUGUCGGCGGAAUUGAAUUCCACUGGACGGACGGUGUGUUCGGCCUGGCGCUGUCUGAGCCAAGAGAGAACGGCUACCGCACCAUGUUCUUCCACGCAUUCUCCAGCACUAAGGAGUUUUGCGUGUCCACCGAGCUUCUACGCAAUUAUACACACAUCGAUAAAUCGGAGGCGUUCAAUGACUUUAAGUUAUUAGGCGAUCGAGGAAACAACACUCAAGCCUCUGCAAGUUUCUACGAUGAGAGCAACCACGUGUUGUUUUAUACACAGGUCAAUCGCGAUGGCUUUGGAUGUUGGAAUUCUCAAAAACCUUACACACCGGAAAACAAUCCGUUACUCUUCAGUGACGCCGAAUUGUUCGAAUUCCCUAACGACCUUAAGGUGGACGAAGAGGGUACGAUGUGGGUUUUAACCGAUAAACUUCCACGUUUCCUUUAUAGGUCGCUCGACCCCAAUGUUGUUAAUUACAGGAUAUUCAGUUUUAAUACAACUGAAGCGAUCGAAGGAACGGCCUGCCAAUUA